UAAUUACGUUGGAAGUCGACAAAUUGGCCUAUAGGCUAGCAAGCUGACAUUAUAUAAAAUUAUGUUUGGUAAGAUAUAGAUAUAUAUUACAAAAAUAAUACUUCCUAACUAUAACUUAAUUAUUGUACUGUGAAAAAUUAUUUAUGUAAUAUGUAAUGGUGAGCUACCAAAAUUGACCCGAGAAAUGUAUUAAUUAAAGUGUAUAUAUAUAUAGACAAACAUAGAUGAUAUGAUACAGAAACCUUAUUCAAAAAACAGUGAUUAAUUUGGGAAAGAAAGAAAAAAGGAAACAAAAUGAACUCUUUCAAAAUGCCUCUUCUUUUUCUUUUGCUAGUCAUAACGAUGCUCCAUCAAAGUUGCAACGCAAAACAUAUGAAAUGUUCUUCUUCUUAUUAUUCUUCAUGUGGAAAUAUCUCUAAUAUAACAUCUCCUUUUCGACUCACAACUGAUCCUUCGAGCUGUGGAGACUUAAGGUACAAUCUUUCUUGCGAGAACAACAUUACAGUCUUAAACUUGCCUGUUCAUGAUCGAGAAAGUUCUUACAGUUCGGAGAUCAAAUAUCAAAGAUUUUACGUAAGAGAAAUAAACUAUAAUAACUAUACGAUUCGAGUUGUAGAUCCAAAUUUUCACAAACAUGAUGAAAAUUACUCAACCUUGUUUGCCAACAAUAGUUUGUCCUUUGAAAAUGUCUAUGGUAGAUAUGCAGCACAAAUAUGUACUUCGAAAAAAGAAAAAAUAAUUUAUCCUAUUAAGUAUAGAAAAAUUUCGAAAACUUUAGCGUUAAUUAUCUGCGAAAGAAGAGUGAUGAAUUCUUCUUACAUUGAUGCUACUCCAUGCAUGUUAAGAAAUGAUAAUAACAGUAGUUUUGUUUGGUCAUAUUAUCUAUUGGAUGCGGAUGAAAUGAGUCCUUUUGAGUUGGAUUUUUGCUUGAUACAACAAGUGACUCUCAUAGAUGAAAGCUUUCAUGCUUCCUCUUGUCAUGACAUCAAUAGACAGUUAGCAUAUGGUUUUCAUCUUUCGUGGAUUCAAGGUUUGGACAAAACAUGGCAUCAACAAUGUUCUCUCGAUGAAAAUUCCAACAAAGUUUAUUGUCGUUAUUUAAGAUGUGUGAGUGAAGAUAUAUUUGAACCAGGGAAUCAACGAUUUUGUGAUGUGACAUUUGUAAUACUUAUUCGUCAGACUAUGUUUUACAUAAAAUAUUUUUUAUAUGAUGAAGGACGUUACAAAUACACUGUGGGAUUCUUGGUGCCAAGAGAGUUACCUGGACUUUUAUUUUUGAUUUCCCUAGUGGUGUAUAGUUGGAGAAGGCGUCAUUUAUCAAUGUACAAUGACAUCGAAGAAUUUCUCCAAAGUCAUAACAAUCUCAUGCCAAUACGAUAUUCUUAUCGGGACAUUAAGAAGAUCACCAAAGGGUUUAAGGAGAAACUUGGUGAAGGAGGGUUUGGAUCUGUAUAUAAAGGACAACUUUGUAGUGGUCCUUUUGUUGCCGUCAAAAUGCUAGGAAAAUGCAAGACUAAUAAUGGUCAAGAUUUCAUCAAUGAAGUAGCUACCAUUGGAAAAGUUCACCAUGUUAAUAUUGUGAGAUUGAUCGGUUUUUGUGUUGAAGGGAAAAGGUGGGCUCUUAUAUACGAUUUCAUGGCUAAUGGAUCUCUAGAUAAGUAUAUUUUUUCACAAGAAAAAAUGAAUGUCUCCUUAUGUUAUGCCAAAGUAUUUGAAAUUUCAGUUGGAAUAGCUCGUGGUAUUGAGUAUCUUCAUCAAGGUUGUGAUAUGCAUAUUCUUCAUUUUGAUAUUAAACCUCACAACAUUCUUUUAGAUGAAAAUUUUAUUCCAAAAGUUUCUGAUUUCGGGCUAGCAAGAUCAUGUUCUCUAGAAAAUAAUUUAGCCUCUUUAACUGCUGCAAGAGGAACCUUGGGAUAUAUAGCUCCAGAAUUAUUCUAUAAAAAUAUUGGAAGAGUAUCUGCUAAAUCCGAUGUGUAUAGUUUUGGAAUGCUAUUAAUGGAAAUGGCAAAUCAACGGAAAAAUGUGAAUGCAGCUACUGAAAACUCAAGCCGCAUCUUUUUUCCCUUAUGGAUACACAAGCAAUUCAACGAAGGAAAAGAUAUACAAAUAGAUGAAUAUGCAACAAAAGAAGAUUUGAAGACAAUAAAGAAGAUGGUUAUAGUUGCGUUGUGGUGUAUACAACUAAAACCUUGUGAUCGUCCUACAAUGAGUGAAGUCAUAGAAAUGCUUGAAGGUAACCUUGAAAGCCUACAAGUACCUCCAAAUCUUCACCUAUAUCCUCAAAAUCAAGAGAAAAAUAAUAAUGAGACAUCUUUCUCAUCAACAAUUUCUAUGGAUGAGUAUUCUGUAGAUGUCAACCAGUAGAAUAACACUACUUAUGUAUGUGACAAUUAUCAAAUUUGUGAGCUUGUAAAAUAAAUUUUUGUUAAAUGGUGACUAUCAUUUUGAAGAUAAUAAUAUUUUCUUUUUCUUUUUCUAAUCUUGAUAGAGUCAAAUUUUGAGUUAUUGUG